UCCACUUUGUCCCCCAUUAAGACCGCAUCGUCCUGUCCCCUUACAACCCUCGUCUACCCCCCAUUCUGUUUCGGUAAAUCGAUUUUGGCCGCCCCGCGAUCAAACUGCAAGCGAUAUCUGCGGUCAACUACAAUGACAACAACGAGCGCUGGCCUCGUCCCACUCGGCAAUCCCCAGGUCCCGGCCCUCCGGCCAAGCCUCUCAUCCGCAGCAAGGGAUGAUGAGAAUAUGCCAACACUGACCUACACCGAAGAAGCCGACGUUACAACGGACAUUCAAAGUCCCACGGCGCAGCCAUCCUACCUCCAGUCCGGACAUUUCGACUCCUGGUCUGACAGGUCGGCGUCUACCAACAAGAAAGCACGGUCAUGCCUACCUUGCAACAAGCGCAAGGUUCGUUGUGAUAAGAAAAGUCCAUGUUCGUUGUGCAUUCGAUGUAACAGGACGUGUGUUUAUCCGCCUCCAGGCCAGCCUAUCCGCCGCCCAAGAAAGACAACCAUAGCGGAUGUGGCAUCUCGGCUAUCCCACCUUGAAAGGUCCGUUGUCGCCAAAACCACGAGGCAUGACAUUCCGACGCAAUUGCCACCCACGGAAAAUGUGUCGCCUUCUGGUGACCCACUAACUGAAGCCUGUAAUCUUUCCGGAAGACAUCGGUCGAUGACGCGGCCUGCUUCAGUCAAUGGUCUGGAUGGCGAUCACGGUGGCCAAGGCUUUUUGAUACACAGAGGCUCAUCCACUCAAUACUUCAAUGAUGUGUUACUAUCUACAGUUGUUGAAGGCGACCAAGAUGUCAAGUCGGCCCUUUCUGCUUCCCACAACAAACCGAUAUCGCCCCCGGUCUCAUCCCCUUUUGACCCCAUGGGACUACUCUCCACCGCGUCCUCUACUAUCCCUCUGACCGCGUUCCAGCCAUCCAAGAAAGUAGCGAUGAAGCUAUGGAAAGCUUACAAUGAGAAGGUUGAGAGUCUUGCGGGUAACAAGCUACUUCACGUGCCCUCGGACGAAGUAAUAAUCUUCACGGCAAUUAAUGAUCCAUCCAAAUCAACCACAGAUGACUUGAUGCUCUGUUUUGCAAUUUACUGCUCGGCUGCAACUGCACUUUGCGAGGACGAGGUCGAAAAGGUCUUGGAAGAGUCCCGGGAAACAAGUUUCAUGAAAUUCAAGACGGGUUUAGAGCAGAGUCUUACACGUGGUGGAUUUCUCGGUAACCCUUCAUUCCGGGCACUCCAGGCUCUGGCAAUCUACUUGGCUACCCUUCGGGUCUACAAUCCUGGCAAAAGCAUAUGGAUUCUUCAUGGUAUCGUCAUCCGCGCCGCCCAAUCCAUCGGUCUCCAUCGCGAUGGCGAACGCCUUGGCCUAACCCCAUAUCAGGCUGAAAUGCGCCGCCGUCUCUGGUGGUACUUAGUGACCCGAGAUUGGCGCGCCUCUGAAGACUACGGACUUGAAAAUGCCAACGCUUACCUCUCCAACUCCGUGAACCUACCUCUCAAUAUAGACGAUGUCGACCUUCACCCUGAUAUGACCGAACUUCCCUCCCCAAAGCGAACUUGGACAGCAAUGACAAUGCCUCUAAUAUUUAUCGACAUAAGUAUGGCCAUACAACAGUUGUCCGCCCUCGCGGCCGGUGCUACUUCUUCAAACGACGUAACUCACGUCAAGAUCAUGUCCGAUGUACGUGCCAAGGUCGAAUCCAGGUUGGAACAGUGUAACUCUGUAAUCCCUCGUCACCGCCUGACUAUCAUGUUCGCCCGCUUUAUGCUCUGCAAGCUUGAUCUUAUAACCCGACUACGAUGGGCUAUGCUUAGCGCCGGCUCGAGCUCAGAUACUGUAACCGAUGGCAUUUUUACUGAUUCCUUUCUCCUUGAUGCUGUCAAGAUCCUGGAACAAGCUGUAAAGUUCGGUGACGACGAACUCCUCAAGCCUUAUCUGUGGAGUGCCCACACCUAUACGCAAUAUCAAGUCACUCUCUACGUACUAUGGCACCUCUGUUUGCGUCCCAACGCCACUUACGCCGACAGGGCUUGGGUUGCUGUCGAAGGGAUCUAUCUUAUACAAAUGAAGAUUGUGGAGGGGCGAGGCGCAUUUGAACCGAGGUUGACCGCUGUGAAUGCCCUGAGAGACAAGGCUAGAAGAUUGCGUGAGCAGCGAGCAAAGUUACAUGCGAUUACUUCAACAUCACUCCACAAUGUGGACGAGGGUGACUCUGCCGGCGUGGGCGACACUAGCGGUGGAAAUGUGGCGUUGAGCGAUACCGGAGGGCAACCCGGGGGCAUUUCAUCAAACCUAGCAACGGGCGCCUUGGGUAACAUGAUGUUCGACGGAGCUUUUUUCAGCGAAAUACCGAGUGAUUUGGCCAACUUAACGCCUUGGUAUCAUAACCUGCAACAGAGUUUGAAUGCAAACGGCUUGUUUUAA